CACCGCUCGGGGACGGGAGGUGGCAGCUCCGGCCAGCGGCGCAUCGACCCCGGCGAGUGUCGCCCCCGGGCCGGGCUGCGGGCCCCCAGCAUGUGAGGCGCCGCGGGGGGAUGCUCGUACCCGGCGGCGGCCCGCCCCGCGCCAUGGAGAGCCCGCCGCUCGUCAUCCGCAUCACCAUCCCGGACGGCGGCGCCGUGGACUGGACAGUCCACCCCGCGCCGCAGCUGCUCUUCAGGGACGUGCUGGAUGUCAUUGGACAAGUUUUGCCUGAUGCAACGACAACAGCAUUUGAAUAUGAAGAUGAGGACGGUGAUCGGAUUACUGUUAGAAGUGAUGAAGAAAUGAAAGCCAUGCUAUCCUAUUAUUAUACCACUGUAAUGGAACAGCAAGUAAAUGGACAGUUAAUAGAACCUUUGCAGAUAUAUCCAAGAGCCUGCAAGCCUCCUGGGAAACGCAACAUACAUGGCCUGAAGGUAAAUACACGAGCAGGGUCUGCUAAUAAUAGCAGCUCGGCAGUCUCGGAUUCCCUUCCAAGCAAUAGCUUAAAGAAGUCUUCUGCAGAACUGAAGAAAAUAUUAGCUAAUGGCCAGAUGAAUGAACAAGACAUACAGUAUCGAGACGUCCUCGGUCAUGGCAAUGGAGGCACGGUCUACAAAGCAUAUCAUGUCCCUAGUGGAAAAAUACUGGCAGUAAAGCUCAUACCUUUAGAUAUUACACUGGAACUCCAAAAGCAGAUAAUGUCGGAAUUAGAAAUCCUUUAUAAGUGUGACUCAUCUUAUAUCAUAGGAUUUUAUGGCGCUUUUUUUGUCGAAAACAGAAUUUCACUGUGUACAGAAUUCAUGGAUGGCGGUUCUUUGGAUGUUUAUAGAAAAAUUCCAGAGCAUGUACUAGGAAGAAUAGCAGUAGCUGUUGUUAAAGGCCUUACCUAUUUAUGGAGUUUAAAGAUUUUACACAGAGAUGUGAAACCCUCUAAUAUGUUGGUGAACACACGAGGACAGGUGAAGCUGUGCGACUUUGGGGUUAGCACACAGCUGGUGAAUUCUAUAGCCAAGACGUAUGUUGGAACAAAUGCUUAUAUGGCGCCUGAACGAAUUUCAGGGGAGCAAUACGGGAUUCAUUCUGAUGUAUGGAGUUUAGGGAUUUCCUUCAUGGAGCUUGCUCUUGGGAGGUUUCCAUAUCCUCAGAUUCAGAAAAACCAGGGAUCUUUAAUGCAGCCUCUCCAGUUAUUGCAGUGCAUUGUUGAUGAGGAAUCGCCAGUCCUUCCGGUUGGGGAGUUCUCUGAGCCAUUUGUACACUUCAUCACUCAAUGCAUGAGAAAGCAACCAAAGGAAAGGCCAGCACCUGAAGACUUAAUGGGCCACCCAUUCAUCAUGCAGUACAAUGACGGGAAUGCUGAAGUUGUCUCCAUGUGGGUGUGCAGGAUGCUGGAGGAGAGACGGUCUCACCAGGGCCCUCCGUGAGCAGCAAGGAAGCACAACGGGUGAGGUGAAAGAGAACCCGGGACUAGCAAAAGGAAAACCAGCCCCACGUCGCACUGUCGAGAGAUGGCAUAUUUCACUGAAAAAAUAUUUUUAGAGCAUCAACAAAACCUUUCAGGAUAUUUGCUGCUGCUUUUUCUGACUUUAGGGCAUUUUCUCCACACAUUUCCUUUGUUGCUGACUGAUUUAAUGUCCUCAAAUUGUCUUCAAUCAAACUGUACACAGCCUUAAAGCAUCUAUAGUGUGUGUGUGUGUGUGUGUGUGUGUGUGUGUGUGUGUGUGUGUGUGUGUGUGUGUGUGUGUGUGUGUAUAUAUAUAUAUUGUUAUUGAGCGUACUGUAUAUUUCUUGGCGCCAGACUAUUUUUUAACCUUUAGUCUUUUGCUAUUGUAAAAAUGACAUGUUGACUGUACAACGAAGUUUCUACACAAGUGUAGACUGUCUUUGGCCGCACACAUCAAGGACGUGUCGGGGUUUUUUAAUUGGAUUUGUUUAAUAAAACACAACGCUGGCAUUCACCAUCCUUCUGAGAGGUGAAGGUGUCUUGUUGGAAAAAUAAAAAUGCAGCAAGUGUAUCAACAGUCCUGCUGUGCAAACGUCAUGGAUUUUAUUUGUGGCUGUUGCAGGGUAAAACUCCAACACAGAGCAAAUCCUGCCUUUGAAGGCACUAGGAACCCAUACUGGUAUCCCUGGGCAAAUGGAAGUGUUAGGGUUUUUUUAAUACCCUUAACAUGCUAGAUCUAUAUGGUAUCGUUUCCAGUAAUCUGUCCUGUAUCUUAAAUGUCUCAAGUCAUAGGGCUUCAGUCACCUCCCCUGGGAAAUUCUAUCCCAACCUAAAGUUUAUUCUUAGGUAUAGUUCCUGUUGCACACUAUAAUCCAAACACUGUCUUCUCCACACCCCUGGUCCUCCUUCCCAAUUUCCCAAUACCUCAGCCUGCUCUACCCCAUCCCUCACCAGAACAGUGUCCCCAAACCCAGCAACUACAGUCUCUCUCCAGAAGUAGAGUGGGAGUUUGCAAUGGCUGGAAGAAAGAUGAGAGUUCUGGUCUGGGAAGGUAGGGCCGAGCCUGCUGGAGCAUGUUUUGAUUGGGAUGGCGGGAUAAGUAGUUUUGGAGGAGUGGGCAUUUGAGGGAGGUGAAGUCUCCUAGCAGAAUUGUCUCCCAGUAAUGGAUACCUUGUCACUUAGGAAAUUUGACAGGAGGCUGAUCAAACCACUGGGAAAUGUCCUGAACAAUCCUGCAUGGGGCCCCAGUGGGCUGGAGAAAAACCAAGGGGUUCUAAGAGCCUUCGAUUGCCACCUUACCGAACAUACGAACAUGAAGUGUUUUGUUUGUAUUAGACUGGUCAUAGAUAUAUUGGCCUUAUUCUAGCAGGUUACAAGUCGAGAAACCAAACAAAAAUUGCCUUUAGUCCAUUUUAAUGUAUUUUAAGGUUCCUGGAAGAUCUUUUGAAUAAAUAAUAUAAGCAAAUAGACUCUU